AUGCCAAGAUUAGGUACCGAGUCCAGUUCGUCCCGCCGACACAACCCCACCCAGACGCUCUCCGACUACUUCCACAUCACUUCCCAGGUCUGGUCUCUCCGCUCCGACGACACGCGCGCGGAUCCGUCCUCCGCGUCCUCCAGUCACGCCUCGUCCUCCGGGUCUCGUCUAGACGUCCUUGAUGACUUACUCAGCCGCGUGCACGCGCCUGAGCCCCGCACUCGAUGGAAUACCCGCAGGGCGCUCGGUCCUUACGGACAACGCCCGCUGCACAAGUGGUUGCCCUCCGAGCACAGGCACUUCGAGGAGAUGGACAUGCUCAUGGAGACGUUCCCCGAACCCAACUCGGAUGACGAAGAACCGGAGGAGAAGGAGCUACACGAGAUUCUUCAGAAGCACAAUGCACAGGCAAAGGAAAAGCAGGAGGGAGAGGAGGACGAGGGCGAAGACGCGGCGCAGGUCGAGUCUGAGCCGAGCCAAGGUGAGGGAAGCAUCCCCCCUAGUCCGCCACAGUCGCGACCGUUGUCCCCAGCCGCCACAAAGAGGCGCGAGAAGAAUAAGAAGAAGAAAGCGAAAGUGCGCGCAAAGGCGAAGGAGAAGGAGAAGGGUGAGGUCGAACAUCCCUCGUCGGGUCCUAUCCUCGAUACGCCUCAAGACUUGCUCGCAUCUAUGUCGCGCAUCGCCAAGCUUGUCGGAUCACUUACCACGGACGCGCAGGGAAGCGAACCGGACGAGCUUCUCCGGCGCGUCCGCGAUGCGUUAGGGAAGGAGGGACAGCCCUCGACUCCUGCAGAGUGGCGAUCAGAAGUGCUCCAGAGCGUCCGGCGGAUGGAGAGCAUGCUCGCGCGGAUGGAGAAAUGGCAGACUCAGGUAGCUCCUGGCGAAAUCGAAGCGUUGAGACAGGAGACGGUAUGGCUGGAGAUGCGUGUGCGCUCGGUGGUUCAGCAGAAGGAACAGGAACACAAUAGGGAAGGCGCGGUAAUGCCACACAGAGAACAGGUCGCUGACGGGAAGAGCAAGGAACGGGAAGACGUUCGAAGCCAGGACCCUGGAUCCGUAGCGUUAAGAACAGUCGAGGACAGGAUAGGAAUGGUCAGUGCCGCGCUACCUGCACCGGAUACGAAGGACCUGCCUACCACCGGGGAUGACUCGGAUAGCUUGUCCGACAGUGGUCCGGACAGCAACUCUUGUCCCUCAGAGAGCGACACGGGGCUUACUGAGCCAGAGUCUGGGAAUCGUUCACCACUUGACGAGAAGGCUGCCCCUCCACCGCCCCCGUUCCCUGCAGCGACAUCCGUGCCACAGCCUGCUGUCGCCCGAGUACCAGUACCGCAACCACCAGCCGAUGCUAUCUCUGCCGAGCUCAAACCAAACGAUCACAUCGUAGCCCUGGGCCCACACGGCUACAUCCCCCCGGCUGCGCCUGCUGCCGGCAUCCGACACACUGCGCUGAACACCCUCACGUCCAAGAACCACAAUAUUCCUCCCGACCCGCCUCCCGACCCAAUCCAAGAUCUCACCGAAUAUCCUUGGACCAUGCUUGAAGUCCUCUUCCUGCUGGAAGUCAUCGCGCACUUCCCUCCCGCUGAGAACGGCUGGACCUUCAUCGCGGAGGCGUACAACAAUAUCCUCAUUACGCGUCCCCUCCAGGAAUGGUUCGAAAAGCAGGCGACUAUGAGUCGCGAAGAGGAGGACAUGAUGAAAGCCUUGCUCCGGAAAUUGCAUAAAGAGGCGUAUCAACUGCGCGCUGGUCCGAAAGCGAAUGCAGGCAAGAACGGGAAGGCUGGCGAACGCGGUAGGGCAGCACCAUUUGGUAGCGCGGAGGCGCGUGCUGAGGCUAGUGCCCAUGCGAAGGCUUCGGCCAACCCAGCCACUCCCACCGCGAAGACUUCGAAGACGCCCGACAGUUUCGUCACCAUGCUUCCGUUCUCUCUUCAGCUUCCCGGAGGCGACGCACCUACGCAAGGCCCAGAGCCCUUGCAACGCAUCUUUCCCUUCCCGCGUCGCCGGCCUCCCCUGACCCUCCCCUCCGAAGACGCGAGCGCGUUCGCGCGCGUGAUGAAGUCGGCUGCAGCUGGUGUGCGGCCGCCAUCCGCUGAGUCGCGCGCGGCAAUGGUCGCGUUGUACACCGCAACGGAGACGCGCUUCCCGGUGCGCACUCCAUGGGACUGCUGGCAUCGGUGGUGCACGCCUUGGGUUGCCCAAGAACCAACAGGAUCCAGCGGCGAAGACAAGGCGUACAGACCAGCCAUGCCCCCGAUGGUGCUUGACUACGUUGCUGGGAACAUCGGUCUGCCCUGCGGCACUUGGAUCACCCAGGCGCGCCAGUGGGUGUUCAAGCCUGUGCCGGGAACCUAUCCAGACGCCCCAGGGGUGAUGCAUAAGGUGACUGCGGGAUAUGACCCUAGACCGGGCAUGGUGGCGUUUGCCAGGAUGACGCAUCUGAGUGCUGAAAAGGCGUGGGCGGCCAUUGGGCUGGGGAGAAAGAAGGAUGGGACGGUGAGCGAGGAGGUACUUGCGAGUAGGAGGAUGAAGCUGCCUUCGACGCUAACGGGUCUCUGGCCUGGGAAACCUCCUCAGAAACCUCCCAAUGCUCGCGCUGGUACCGCGGCACCUCCUGCUCCGGCCCCAGAUCCGGCUUCCGCUUCGCCUACUCCGACCGCUCCCGCUCCCAGUGCUCCCGCGGGUAACAAGCCAGCUCAGCCAGCAUCAUUCACCCCUCCUCCGCCUGCAGCGCCAUCUACCCCCGCGAAACCUCAACCUCAGCCUGCCGGGCAGCCACAAGCGCGCCCUGCUCUUCUUCCAAACACAGGCACAAUCUCCCAGCCCGCGGAGCCCUUCCUGCCGCUGCCCGUGCCGCGCGGGCCACCUCCAAACAAGCCGCUCAACGUACCAGAAGGUACGCUUGGCAAUGCUGUCCGGCCGGGCAUCCGGGCCUGGUUCCAGAUUGCCGCAGUCCGUGCUGACGUGCUGGAGCGCGUGACGAGCCUUAAGAGUGCCUCGGACACGUUCGAGCGUGCUAUGGGGCGCCCGUCUUUGCCCGUCGUGACGAAGAAUGACCCGAAGAACAAGGCGAGGGCCAAGGCCGAAGCGGAAGAGGAGAGAGUGCGGCGGUGGGAGAAGGAAAGAGAGCGCGAGAAGUGGGUCCCGGUCCACUUGAGGAAUGUCGUCGUCCCGCCGCCUCCGCCUCUAUGCUCGACGUCUUGA